UCAAAAACGAACAUUCCAGGCUAGAUAUCUGGGUGUUGCUCUGGGUUGAUACCUAGAAAUUACCAUACCAAUAUAUUAUAACUUUCAUCAUGGCAACUAGCACUAUUCGAAUUGACGUUGCCAACCUUCCCGCUUCUACUCCGCAGGGUCCUACAAGCCCUCAGCAUGAGAAGGAAGCCGCUCGUGCUAUAAGUCGUACUGAUAGCUGGAAACCAUCUAUUGGACGAAAGCAAAGCUACCACCGGGAAGACCGCAAACAUGCACUACAGAUGCAGAUGAGUGGCGUCCAGGACAUCCAAGAAGGUCCGGGCUUCACCGAGCGCAAGUAAACCGCCUGUCUGUCUAUCAACCUACAACUAUGGAUUUCUCAAACAACUUAACAUUUGAGACCCAAUCUUCACUCACUCUCUCACUCAUGAACAAACGUUUCAACUUUUAAGCAACAAAA